AUGGCAGCAGCCCUCGAAGUCUCCCCGCCCGCGUCGCCACAACCUGCCAAAGAAACCGCAAAUGAUACCCAUACGCACAACUGUCCGUCAUGUGGCUAUAGCUUGAAUACGAAAGAGCUCGAAGAAGCAAGGCGAAAGAUAGAGGAGCUGGAAGCGCAGAUGGAACGACUAAAGGAGAAGGCCACUGCAGCUGUCGAUAGAUGUGCGGAUUACGAGGACCAAAUACGCGUUCUGAAAGACAGCCAGCGGGCUCCCAGCCCACUGCGUUCACAAACCUCGCAAUCCGACAAGCCCUUCAACGGCGCCCUACCGCGCCCCUCCGUGGACGCCGAUCCCCCACGUCCCAACACCGCAAACUCGACAAGGGCUUCGCGCUUCUCCUUCAUCACAAACCGCUUCCCUUCUCCGGCGAACACAGGAGCCAUGCCCCCGCCACCUCCGCCGAAGGACGAUCAUGCGCUAAUCAACGAGCUCGAGCGGGAGCGGGCCCUUCGUGCAAAAGCUGAGGCGCGCGUGCAGACGGUCGACACGGAGAUUGAGGAGUUGAGCGUGCAGCUGUUUAGCCAGGCGAACGAGAUGGUUGCUGAAGAGCGGCGGGCAAGAGCGAAGCUAGAGGAGCGGAUCGAGACGCUAGAGCGUAGGGAUAGAGAGAAGAUGGGACGGUUGGAUCGCCUGGAGAAAGCCGUCAGUAGAGUUGAGAGGGUCAAGGCACUGCUGGCUGAGAAGGAUGGCAGGGCGAUUGAGGCGCCUCCAGAUGGCAUGUUGUCGUUACCAGCGAGAAGAUGA